AGUCCAGCUUUCCACUCAAAGCGCGACAUAAAGAACGUGUAGCUGUGGCGCUAACUCGCAUUGCAGUAACGCUCCGUUUCUGCCUCCCUGCAUCGCGUAUUCUCUUAAACAACUUGUAGCUUUGGAAGCCUAUGAUGAUCGGCACAAGAAUUGUUCCAUAGUUGUAGUGAUAGACGCUGCAGCAAGUUGAAACUUUGGGCAUCGCCGCGCGCCCUCUCUUUGGCGCUCCUCUUCCGCUAGAUAUCGGGGUUGCAAGGGCGAAGGAACCAUGGCGCUUGCAAAUCAGGAUUUGUCAGCUAUGGCGAAGAUGGAUGAAGUUAUGGCAGCGCCCACGUCUCGCUUAAGAACGGAUGGAACUGUCGACAAGCGCAACGCUCCCUGGGUGGAAAAAUACCGGCCGGAUAAGCUGGACGAUGUCGCAGCUCACAAACAAAUCAUCGACACAAUCAAGCGGUUGACGGUUGAGAACCGGCUGCCCCACCUGCUGCUGUACGGCCCCCCCGGCACCGGCAAGACCUCCACCAUCCUGGCUGUUGCGCGGCAGAUGUACGGCGGCCAGCUGGCCAGCAUGACGCUGGAGCUGAACGCCUCGGACGAGCGCGGCAUCGGGGUGGUACGGCAGGAGAUCCAGGACUUUGCGUCCACACGCACCAUCUUUAGCAACAAGUUCAAGCUGAUCAUCCUGGACGAGUGCGACGCCAUGACCAAUGACGCGCAGUUUGCACUGAGGCGAGUGAUUGAGAAGUACACCCGCAACGCGCGCUUCUGCCUGAUCUGCAACUACGUGUCCAAGAUCAUCCCCGCGCUGCAGUCGCGGUGCACCAAGUUCAGGUUCGCCCCGCUGGACGGGCAGUUCGUACGGGGGCGGCUGCAGUACGUGGCGGACACCGAGGGUGUGAAGCUGGGUCCCGGGGGUCUGGAUGCGCUGGUGGAGCUGGGCGGGGGCGACAUGCGCCGCUCGCUCAACAUACUGCAGUCCUGCCACAUGGCGUUCGACCAGGUGGACCAGCACGCGGUGUACGCGUGCACGGGGCACCCGCUGCCCGCCGACAUCAGCAGCGUGCUGGCCUGGCUGCUGAACGACAGGGUGGCGGACGUGUUUCAAAAGGUUAUCCAGCUGCAGGUGGACAAGGGGGUGGCGCUGGUGGACAUUGUGAGGGAGCUGCACCCUUGGAUCAUGCGCACCAGCAUGCCGGUCCGCGCCAAGGUGGCGCUGGUGGAGCGGCUGGCGGAGGUGGAGGCGCGGCUGGCGGCGGCAACCAGCGAGCGGCUGCAGCUGGGGGCGCUGGUGGCAGCGUUCGUGAAGGCCAGGGAGAUCAUCGCGCAGGCGG